AUGUGGUAUAUGAUGAACGGAGGCCAGCAGAUCGUCGGAGGUCUCCUGGCAUAUUGCUUCAGUCUUAUCGGCAACGAACGCGUUAUCCAAUCAUGGCAAGCUCUCUUCAUGACAUACGGAAUCAUUUCUGUGUUCUGGGGAGCGUUCGUCAUCUUCUGGAUGCCCGACUCGCCCAUGCGAGCUAAGUGUUUCACCGAAGAAGACAAGCAUUUGAUGGUCGAGCGUGUCCGUGGCAAUCAGACAGGUUUGCAGAACAAACAAUUCCGCUCGUACCAGAUGUGGGAGGCGUUCCGUGACCCUCAAAUGUACUGCUACUGUGCCAUCCAGGUGUUCACAACCUUGCCUACUAGCGGCCUUGGAGCGUUUGCGAACAUCAUCAUCACCGGGUUCGACUUUAACACUCUCCAGACCCAGCUGCUGGCCAUGGUUCUGGGUUUCUAUAUCAUCAUUGUGCUUCUGUCUUCCGCGUGGCUGGUCAAGAGAACCUCCCAGAACUUGUUGGUCAUGUUGGGCUUUAUCAUCCCGUCUUUUAUCGGAACCAUCGUCCUCAUGACCGUGGAGAACCACAACAUGGGCACCAAAGUUGGUCUGCUCAUCAGUUACUACAUCACGCUUUCCUUCUGGUCGGCUCAGAAUCUGUGUCUCUCCAUGGUCUCUCGUAAUAUUGCUGGUGCCACCAAGAAGUCCGUGGUUGUUGCCGCAACCUUUGUCUCCUGGGCCGUGGGAAAUGCGAUCGGCCCCCAAGUGUUCCUGGAAUAUGAUGCCCCGCGCUAUUUCAUCGCCUUCGGUGUCCAUCUUGGUUGUUACUCGGCGAUGACUCUGGCUGUCAUCUUCCUGCGCUUCUAUUUGAAGGCGCAAAACAAGAAGAAGGAGCGUAUGUUGCAGGAGGCGGGUCUAGACCCCAAUGAUGACAACCUUGGUCGUGCAUUUGAAGAUCGAACGGACCAGGAGAACCCCCACUUCCGCUACAUCUAUUAG